AUGACUAUCAAAGACAUCUUGCGCAGAUCGCCCUUGGCAGGCUAUGGCCAGGCCAUUCGCGAGGCCCCUCGCGAAACCAUCUUCAACCGCCCCCUGCUGCUCUCCGCCUUCGUCUACGCUCUAGGUGGCAUGCCUGUCAUCUGGGACCAGGGCGCGUCCUCCGUCAUGCCCUCCCUACCCGGUUUCCAGGAGCAUUUUAAGAUCAACUCGGGCGCCAACGCUGACGAAAUCCGCAUUUUCAUCUCCAUCGUUUACGUGGGCUACGGCAUCGGCGCAGGCAUGACCUUCUUCAUCAACGACGUCCUGGGCAGGAUCUGGCCAUACCGGCUGUACACUCUUGUGUACUGCAUCGGGACCCUCAUGGCCAUCUUCUCGCCCAACACCAGCGUUCUGUACGGCGCACGCGUCGUUCAGGGGUUGGGUCUUGGGGCAUUCACCGUCAGUGGAACCAUGUCCAUCGUCGAAAUCGCGCCCGCGCAAAUCCGCGGUCUCUUGGCCAGCUGGUUCAACCUCGCCAUGGGCAUCGGUCUGGUCGGAGCUGUCUUUUGCACACUCGGCUGCUAUCGACACAUACCUACCAGCAAACUCCAGUACCAGAUCGUCAUGCUUGUCCCCAUGGUGUAUCUGGCGCUCUGCAUGGUGGGCACCUUUUUCAUCGAGGAGUCACCUCGCUGGCUGUUCCUGGUGAACCGUCGCGAGGAGGCCAUGGCGGGUCUGUCCAGGCUGCGUGGUCUGCCCGUCGACGAUCCCCGUGUACAGCGUGAGAUUAUGGAGAUUGAGGAGGACAUUAACCGAACGGCCGAGGAGGUGAGCAAUGCGAGUUUCUGGACCAUUGCCAAGGAGACUUUUACCAAGGCGUCGAACCUCCGUCGCGUGCAACAGAGUCUCCUCACGUAUGCGCUCGCGCAGCUGUCGGGGGCGAACCUGAUCACGUCGUACUUUGUCCCUAUCCUUGCCAUUGUGGGCGUCUCGGGCGGGACGGACCAGUCCAUGUUCCUGAGUGGCAUGUACGGCCUGUCCAAGUUCUUCUUUGUCUUGAUCGCCACCUUUUUCUUCGUCGACGCACUCGGUCGUCGCAAGUCGCUGUUCCUGGGCGCGGGUAUGCAGCUGAUCACGCACAUUUAUCUGGCUGUCUAUGUGCGGUACUCGCAAAUGGGGCCCGUCUCGGAGGCUGCUUCGAAUGGCGCGAUCGCCGCCUUGUUCAUCCAUGCAUUUGGCUAUGGCGUUGGACUGUAUCUCCUCCCGUAUAUCUUUGGUGGCGAGCUGUGGCCGAACCGCAUCCGCUCGUUUGGGGCUGCGCUCAGCCAGACGUUCCACUGGCUCUUCAUCUACGGAAUGCAGUACAGCAUGCCGUCUAUCCUGUCCAGCUUCCAUCAAUGGGGGGCGUUUCUCUUCUUUGCCGCCUGGUGUGCUGUCGCCAUCAUUUACAACUUCUUGAUGAUCCCUGAGGUGUCGGGUCUGACCGUCGAGGAAAUUGAGGAUAUCUUCAAGGGUCCGUGGUUCAAUGCUUACAGCACCACCCGCAAGACAGCAAUCGAGGGACAUUGCGAUGAUGGAGAGGGAGGCCUCCGCAAGACCUUGACACCCACAGCGAAGGAUGUGGACGACGAUGGCAGCGUCAAGCACUGA